GUAACAGUCGGGCGUGGUACAUGAGUGCCGAAAUGGACACUGAUUGGAACGCGGAGCCGUACCGAACUGUUCCGCAAAUGGAAACCGGUGACCCCGUUGAGACGAAACCGGCACUGGAACGGAAUGACGACACGGUUAAACAGAAGAGUCCCCAGGGGAACACGUUCGUGCAGAGCAUGUUUGAUAUGACACUGAUAACGGUGAACUUUUGCCAAAUCUGCUACAUACUGAAGGUUGGGCCAGGACUCGGGAUGUUGUAUUAUUUAUUGCUGGGACUUUUUGGCAUUUCGCUCGUGCUGCUGUUCCUUCACGGAUUUAUGGGUCUGUUCGAACGGUUAAGGUGCAGUAAGCCGCUGCCCAACGGAUGUUUCAACUGUCUGUAUAAUGCGUCACUGUUCAUGGUGGUACUAGUCUAUCUGGUCAAUCUGGUGGGGAAUGUACUUAUUUUGAAGGAAGCGGAAAACAAGUGCCACCUGAUGUUGGAACAUGGAAAGCCGGCAACUCCACCUCCGUUGUUGGACACAACCACCGUAAUAAAUUGAUACAUUUGUGUGGUGGGAACGAAAUGUAGGUUCUAGAUGUUGUUGUAUUUCUAGCUGGACGUUUAUAAUACUUGCAAUAAAAUCGCAGGGUGGGUCCUUUCAAGGGAA